CUUUGCUACUGACCGUUCAGACGAGAUGACUGUCCCCAGAGCUCUCUCUUCUGGCUCCCACCAGCCCAGAGGGUUGUCAGACCCCGGCUGGGCUUCUAUUAACCGCGGCGUGCUGAUCUGCGACGAGUGCUGCAGCGUCCACCGCAGCCUGGGCCGACACAUCUCCAUCGUCAAGCACCUGCGCCACAGCCCCUGGCCCUCCCCGCUGCUGCAGAUGGUGCACACUCUGGCCAGUAAUGGUGCCAACUCCAUCUGGGAGCACUCGCUGCUGGACCCGGCACAGGUGCAGAGCGGGCGACGCAAGGCCAAUCCUCAGGACAAAGUGCACCCCACCAAGUCCGAGUUCAUCCGUGCCAAGUACCAGAUGCUGGCCUUCGUGCACAAGCUGCCCUGCCGCGAUGACGAUGGUGUCACUGCCAAGGACCUCAGCAAGCAACUGCACUCCAGCGUGCGGACGGGGAACCUGGAGACCUGCCUGCGCCUGCUCUCGCUGGGCGCCCAGCCCAGCUUCUUCCACCCGGAGAAGGGCACCACCCCACUGCACGUUGCUGCCAAGGCUGGACAGAUCCUGCAGGCUGAGCUGCUGGUGGUGUAUGGUGCCGACCCUGGGGCGCCCGAUGUGAACGGCAGGACCCCCAUCGACUACGCCCGGCAGGCAGCCCAGCACGAGCUCGCGGACCGGCUGGUGGAGUGUCAGUACGAGCUGACGGACCGGCUGGCCUUCUACCUGUGCGGCCGCAAGCCGGACCACAAGAACGGGCACUACAUCAUCCCGCAGAUGGCAGAUAGGGCGCGCCCAAAGGGCACGGCACAGAGCCUGGACCUGUCUGAACUGGCAAAAGUGGCGAAGAAGAAGUUACAGGCGCUCAGCAACCGCCUCUUCGAGGAACUGGCCAUGGAUGUGUACGACGAGGUGGACCGCAGGGAGAACGACGCUGUCUGGCUCACGACGCAGAAUCACAGCACCCUGGUGACUGAGCGCAGCGCUGUGCCCUUCCUGCCCGUCAACCCCGAGUACUCAGCCACACGAAACCAGGGGCGGCAGAAGCUCGCCCGGUUCAACGCCAGGGAGUUUGCCACCCUCAUCAUCGACAUCCUCAGCGAGGCCAAGCGACGGCAGCAGGGCAAGAGCCUGCUGAGCCCCACAGACACUGUCGACUACCCGGUGCGGAGCCAGAGUGACCCGGACGACCAGCACGACUACGACAGCGUCGCCUCUGACGAGGACACAGACCAGGAGCCGCUGCGAAGUGCUGCCCGCAACAACCGCGCCCGGAGCAUGGACUCCUCGGACCUGUCGGAUGGGCCCAUCACGCUGCAGGAGUACCUGGAGGUGAAGAAGGCGCUGGCAGCCUCCGAGGCCAAGGUGCAGCAGCUGAUGAAGGUGAACAACAGCCUGAGUGAUGAGCUGCGUCGGCUGCAGCGUGAGAUCCACAAGCUGCAGGCGGAGAACUCGCAGAUGCGGCAGCAGCCGGGCCCCGGGCACACGGUGCCAGUCCCCAGCGAGCGCUCAGAGCAUGGGCAUGCCAUGGCUACGGCAGCAGCUCACCGGCGUGACCGCCAGGCCUUCUCCAUGUAUGAGCCGGGCUCUGUCCUCAAGCCCUUUGGACAGCCCAUGGAUGAGCUGGUUGGCCGCCUGCAGCCCUUCCACUCCAGCGAGGCGGAGGAUGAAGCGGUGCACUCCAUGCACAUCCCGGCCAGCGGGUACCGGAUCCGGAAGGGGGUGUCUGCCUCCUCGGUGCCCUUCCCCCCCUCCUCCCCGCUGCUCUCUGGCAUGCAGGACGGUGCCCGCCACAUGACCAGCAAGCUGGACCGACAUGGCAGCGGAACUGACAGCGACUAUGACAACACACAGGCUGGCGAGGCACUGCUCAGCAUGGACGGGAAGCGGUUCCUGGACCUGGGGAAGGAUGACGACUUCCACCCGGAGCUGGAGGCCCUGGACGGGGAGCUGGACCCAGGGCUGCCCAGCACCGAGGAUGUGAUCCUGAAGACUGAGCAGGUCACCAAGAACAUCCAGGAGCUGCUGCGGGCCGCCCAGGAGUUCAAGCAUGACAGCUUCGUGCCCUGCUCCGAGAAAAUCCACUCUGCCGUAACCGAGAUGGCCUCGCUCUUCCCCAAGAAGCCGGCCCUGGAGACGGUGCGCAGCUCCCUGCGGCUGCUCAACGCCAGCGCCUACCGACUGCAGAGCGAGUGCCGCAAGACCAUGCCGCCGGAGCCUGGCGCGCCCGUGGACUACCAGCUCCUGACGCAGCAGGUCAUCCAGUGUGCCUAUGACAUCGCCAAGGCCGCCAAGCAGCUGGUCACCAUCACCACCCGUGAGAAGAAGCAGUGAGGCCUGAUCCCCGCCUGGCGGCUCCCCCGGACUUGCUCCCUCCCUGGGCAGUACGUGGGGCCGGGGAAUAGCCAACGCAAGUGUCCUUAGUCUGCCCAUGGGACCUGAGCACGUGCCAUUCCUGGCCCCCCAUGCUGCCAGUGUGGGGCUCCGGCUGUGCUCCCUCCCCCUACGCUGCCAGUGUCCUGGCGUGGGGCAGAGCGUGGCACCGGCUGUGCCCCCUCCUCCCCCGCUGCCAGUGUCCCGGUGUGGGGCAGAGUGUUGCUCCAGCUGUGCCCCCUCAUCCCCCGCUGCCAGUGUCCCGGUGUGGGGCAGAGCGUGGCAUUGGCCCCAGCCCCCUCCCCCACGCAGCAGCCCUAUGGACACCCCCCGCUGGAGCAGGUGCCAAUGUCCAGCUGUGUGUGCCCCCCUGUACAUAGCCCCAUUUUGUUCUCCCGGCCCCACCUGCCAUCAGCCAAGGAACCACUAACUGGGUAGCGGGGAGCCCCUGAGUUGCCCUCUCCCCGCCACCCCCUGUACAGAGUGUGUGUAGCUGUUUGUGGUGGGCAGAGGAGCCACAUCCAUAGUGGUAUCAGCCCACAGCGUUACACUGGACCCGGAACCCAGCCAUGGCUGGCAACCGGCAUGUUCUCCCUGUAUGUGAGUGUGAGCCUCAGCCCCCAGCCUCUCCCCAUGCAUGGCUGCUCUGGGGCAGGCUCCUCGCCUCAUGCCCCCUGUGCCAGGCUGCAGUGCCCAGCCCCUCAGCCCUCCCCCACUGCCCCAGGAGCUGAGUCUGGAUUUCUCGCUACAGCAAAGUCCUAGUGCCAUGGGACCAGGCUCCCCCAGCUGGCAUGGUUGGCUCCGACCCUCAACAGGAGCUGGGUGCCCAGGGAAGCAGUGGGGCAGGGGCAGAGAGCCCAGGCUGGCUGGGGCCUGUAGGGCCAGGUGUGUACUGUACAUUUGUAUGAAAUAAACAUGUGACUGUGCCCUGUC